UAAAAAAAUAAUCUGAAAUAUUUUUUUCCAGAUGAAGCUCAGAGUGAUAAGGCUAAAGAGAGCAUACGAGCAAAGUGUGUCCAGUACUUAGAGAGGGCAGAAAAGUUAAAGAAAUAUUUGAAAGACAAGCAAAAGAAGCGUAUUAACGACAGAGAGGACGGUGCUACAUCUAUAAAUGGCAGCAACAGAAGUGAUAGUGAUGAUGACCUUGAAAAAAAGAAACUUUCCCACCAAUUAGAAGGUAGAUUUAAUGCAACUAACCAAACCGGGACAGCUGUUAAAUUUAGUGCUCCAACUGGGAAUGAUGCUAUAAUGAAAGAUGGGGUAUCCACGAGUAUUAGUACAAGAUAUCAAUGCAUCACUUGUUUAUUUGGCUCGUUUAGUGCUCCAACUGGGAAUGAUGCUAUGAUGAAAGCUGGGGUAUCCACGAGUAUUGAUACAAGACAUCAAUGCGUCACUUGCAGGGAAGAAUAUAUACAUAAACGUUGGGAGGAAGCGAGGAGGAAAUUGUAUGCAAAAUUUAAGAAAGGCGGUGGUGCUGCUCCUGGUUUAGGUUUUGGGAAUACUACUCAAACAACUGGUGGUCUUUUUGGAGCACCUGAUGAAGCUUCUACAUCAGCUUUCUCUUUUGGAAAUACUACAGCUCAGUCAAAACCACGUUUUAGUUCUACGGGAGGAAUGACAAAUAAUACAUUUAGAUCUACAGGAGAAGGAACACAAAAAACUCAAAAUGCACGAUUGUUUAGCAAAUCUGUGGGAUUCGGUGAUCCCUCUACAUCUACAGCACCUGCUUUUAAUUUUGGUAGCACUGACAUAGCUCUUUUUCCCCAAAAGAAUCAACAAAAGUUAGAGAAGUUAAAAGCCAAACAAGAAAAAAAUGCUAAAGAUGAUUUUAAAAAACUCAUAGAAGAUGAAUUAAUCUGUAAUAUUUGCACAGAGAUUUUGAUAAAGCCAAUAACCUUGGGAUGCUCUCACACAUUCUGUAAAUUUUGUAUUUCUGAAUGGAAAGAACAGAAAGGAGAGUGUCCAAUGUGUCGAGCAAGUAUUAAGACUGAAAUACCUUGUCUAUUUUUGGACAAUUUUAUAAGCAAAGCUGUGGAGCAAAUAGAUCCAGCUAGUGUUGUAAAAAGAUUAGAAAUAAUAAAAUGUAGAGAAGAAGAACAAAAAAAGAAUAUAUAUAAGCCACCAGAACAGCCACACCAACCUUCAAACGUGCCUCCAUAAUUCUAAUGGGCUAUAAAUUCAACCUUUAAAUGUAUAGCCCAUUUCCAAUCUACAGUUAUGCCCAGCUACGUCCAAAUACAAUUUAUGAGAUAUCAAACUUUAGACAAAUACUGAACAGACCAACAAAUGAAUUUUCCUACUAUAAAUGAAUGACUUUUUUAACUCUUAUUAUACUUUUAAAAGAUAUGUGCUUUUUUUUAAUUGUCAAUGAUUUAUUUUUUCAAUGUUAUCUAAGAUGUUAAUAGUUUUGUGGAUCUUACUGAGUAUUCUUCAUAAACUUAUUUUUUAGAAUGUAAUUUACUUAUGAAACUUUUUUAUAAUAAACAAAUAAAAAAACUUG